UGGAGAAUCCAAUUCUUCGAAGAAGAUAUGAGACCCGCUUAGCUAUAGACUCAAUGCCAUACGCCAUACGACAAACGGGAAUGGGGCAGAAACAAGUUCAUGAGGCUGACAUAAGUAAAUGCUUCUAUCGCCCCUUGGGCCCUUGGGCAGAAAUUAUAGUUAACGAAACCGAAACUUGCAUCAUUUUCCUGCUUGGAGAGUUACCUUCCGAUAGUCUUGUCCGUUAUGCUAAUCCUCGCUUCGCUCAUCUAGAGUAAUUUCCGGACAAAAUCUGCAUCAUGGCUUAUCUGCACGAAAGGUUACGCAAAGCCGCAUGACAGAUAGUCGCGCUUCAUAUUAACAUAUUAACCCCAGCAAGAAAAAUAGGGUUGCAUCCGCCAGAGCGAGCAAGUCCCGAGCGACUUUAUUCCUCUCAUCACCAAACACUCGCGCGCCAACUUACUUGCAUGUCGAUCAGCUAUAUCAACAACGGGCCUCUCUUAACACGAGGACGACACCAUGUAUAUCUCGGAAUGUUACCAUACAUCUUCUUAACUUGGCUUGGCCACUCCUAGACCCGCCAGAAAUCUAUGUCCAAUUCAGGGGUGGCGACUUCGGCCUCUCCUUCUUGUCUGUCAUUCACAUAUCAUACAUUCAAACAAUCCAUCCCUACCAACUCCGGCCUACCAGACAGCUAGGAUCGCCCUUGAUCUUAUAACAUACAACAUAUACUGCAAAGCUACAAUCAUGUUGUUUGAAAGUCCCCUGGCAUAUGCUACCUGCAUCUCCGCGUCCGGAAGCCAGCAACGUAUCUCGUUGGGCAUUCAAUCCUUUAACUCCAAUGAUGGAUCCACUCACCUUAUUUCGUUAACAAUUAACCCCCGCGGAGAUAAAACUACAUACCUAUACUAUAUAACUACUUUACUAAUAUCCUACUUUGGGCUCUUGUAUACGGACGCGUAUGGAGCUUAGAGUCUCUAUGAUUAAGCUCCUGACGUGUCCUAGAGCGAGGCGAGAUGCGCCUUGUGGUAAGGUCUCACUGCAUCAUGUAUCUCUUGUCUUGAUGCCGAGACUUAUCCACGAACCGACGUUACAGAGAGUCUCGUGGCACAGCUAUCUACCGUAGUGAAAAGAAUGAGAAGAAGGUAAAAUAAAUAAAUAAAAAACAGAAAGAGAAAAAAAAAGAUGCGGCCGAGACAUCAUCAUACAUACAUACAUGGACUCGGUCCUUUCGAGAAGAAGCGGCUCCAGCUAUGGUUCGAAAACACCGAAAAGGGGAGGGGACCCUUGUAUAUUCCGCUUAAUGUGAGCGAUACGUAUUUUGCCGCCAUUCCCCCCCAUUCAGCUGCGCAGAAUGGUCAUGGAAUACUUCGAAAUUCCCGACGUCUCAACAUAUUGCGGAUGCGAACUUCGGUAGCGAAUUGGAUAUGAUGGGAGAAUAAAAGCCCCAGUAUGCUUGGCGAUGCUAGCGGUCUACUAUUUUGGUUCCGUUGCGCGACCUGCAUUUUCAGGCGCCCCAGCCUUGCUGUCGAAGGCGGAUGGACAACCGCGAAGGCCCCCAAUUUAGCAGGAGGGCAUUACUUAAGUCUCUUGCGUGACUCGCAGGACCUUAUACUAUCCACCCUAAGUGAUACGUCGUUAAGGUACCCUACCUACAAUAUAUCGACCUUGGGUUGUAUGCGAUGCUUCCCCAUGGGGAUAUAUUACUCCGUAUCGGAGCUCCUCCAACUUCCACCAACCCCAAAACGGAGAACUAUUCGCCUUUGAUAUACGCAUAGCUUCUGGGUACUUCGUACUCUGUGAAGAACAAGCGGCUUAUAUCAUGUUAUUAUAACUACCUAAUGUAGAAUCUCAUGUGUCAUAUUCGUGCCGCAGACUAUAAAGUACCACGCGAUAUAGAUGCAGUCCCAUAACAACUAUAGCACC